ACUAUCUCGAAGACGCAAGGUGUCUUUGGGACGCUAGCCGCGGACUGUCGGUUUGCAUGUUCGUCUCAAUGAAAUACUUUUGAAAUGGGAGACACCGCUUGGCAUUAACAGACGCCAUGGGGUGUGCGCCGCUUUCCCCAAACUACACGACAGACAUUUUGAGAUGUUGCAUUCGAUCGUACGUUUGUGUGAACGCAUGUCGUUAGCAAUGGAGCUAAUGCAGGGAGAUUAGCACACAGCUAGCUUAUUAGUCAGUACUGCAAGGCCCGGACGGUCGGACGACAACAGAGGACAAAACCAUGAGACUUUUAAGGUUUCUGCGUAGCAGCGUGUCCAUAGGGAAGGACAUAGAUUAUUAUUCCAAAUUCUCGCCCUCUCCUUUGUCCAUGAAGCAGUUUCUGGAUUUCGGUUCAGAAAAUGCUUGCGAGAAAACGUCCUUCACCUUCCUCAGACAGGAGUUGCCUGUGAGGCUGGCGAACAUCAUGAAGGAGAUCAACUUGUUGCCAGAUAACCUGAUAAGAACGCCAUCUGUGCGCCUGGUCCAGAGCUGGUAUGUGCAAAGUCUCCAAGAGAUCCUCGAGUUUAAAGACAAAAAUGCAGAUGACGAGAAAGUUACUUACGAGUACGUUUUAAUUCAUUGGACUUCCAUUUUCCUCACAACUCCCCUUGUUUCAUGCGACGUGUGUCGUCCAUUAAGUUUCACAGAUGCGGUGAUCAAGAUCCGAAAUCGUCACAACGACGUCAUCCCGACCAUGGCUCAAGGCCUCGUGGAGUACAAAGAGACGCACGGUACCGACCCGGUGGUCAGCCAGAAUUUGCAAUAUUUCCUGGACCGGUUCUACAUGAGCAGGAUCUCCAUCCGUAUGCUGCUCAACCAGCAUACACUCCUCUUUGGUGGGAAGGUGAAGGUCAAUCCAGCACACCCCAAACAAAUUGGCAGCAUUGAUCCACACUGUCGAGUGAGUGAGGUUGUGAAAGAUGCCUAUGAAAAUGCAAGAAACCUUUGUGACAGAUAUUACAUGAACUCUCCUGAGCUCACACUGGAGGAAUUCAAUGUGAAAGAUGAGGGGAAACCCAUCACAAUGGUGUACGUCCCAUCUCACUUGUACCACAUGGUGUUUGAACUGUUCAAGAAUGCCAUGCGAGCCACAAUGGAGCUGUACGGAGACGCCAUGGAGCAUCCUCCGAUCCGUGUUCAGGUCGGUCUGGGAACUGAGGAUCUGACAGUCAAGGUGAGCGAUCGCGGCGGAGGCGUUCCCCUGCGCAAGAUCGACAGGCUCUUCACGUACACGUACUCCACAGCUCCUCGACCGAGCAUGGAUGGGUCCCGGGCUGCUCCUCUGGCCGGUUAUGGAUAUGGCUUACCCAUCUCUCGACUUUACGCCCGUUACUUCCAAGGGGACCUCAAACUGUACUCUCUGGAGGGGUACGGGACUGACGCGGUCAUCUACAUACGGGCACUGUCCACAGAGUCCAUCGAGAGGCUCCCGGUGUACAACAAGUCAGCAUGGAAACACUACAAGACGAUGCACGAGGCCGAUGACUGGUGCGUCCCGAGCCGAGAGCCCAAGGACAUGACUACAUUUCGUCAGUUCUAGAUGGGAGCUGACGGCUUUCCUCAAGCCAAGUGUUUGUUGGUGUGUUAAUGGCAGUUUGUAUGGAAAGCUGUUUGAGCAUUUAUUCAAUAUCAGGUUUAAAGGUCCCCUUUCAUCAGAAUCCAUUUUUUCGACUGUUUUAUGCAUAACAUAGGUCAAAAUGAGUCGGUGACAUGGUUUAAAGUUGACAUCUAUGCAGUUUGUUGUUUGAACAGCAAAAGUGCUUGCAAACGACAUGAUUUGAAAUCUCAGGCAGCUCACGGUCCCUAUUAGUCGGCCAACAAUCCAACCCUUGGUGAAUUGUGCUUCACAAUAAUUUAUACACCGAACGGGCACUCGCCUGACCGACAUACCUCCACCACCUUGGUCCUCUUCAGCGGGUCAGCGGCAGCUCGUGUCUAGCAACAAUAGAGCGCUUCAGCACUCUCGCUGUGCUGUCGGCAGCCGCCGGGGACGGGCGUCACCGUGGCUGCUCAAAGCGCUCUCUUGCCGGCGGCCCUCUUGGGAGGACAGGUGGUGGAGGCAUGUCGGUGUGGUGCAGGUGACACGAGUGACCGUUCAGUGUGUAUAAUUGCGUGUAUUCAUUUUGGAGCACAAUUCAUCAAGUGUUGGGUUGUUGGCCCACUUUUAGGGAACGUGAGCUGAGAUUGGACAAGGAUGACAAUAAAAAGAGGCGCUAGUUUGAGCUCGUCAUCUGCUCCCAUUCAUUUGAAUUGAGGUGGCCGCGAUUGCUGGCGACAAUGAAUGCAAGCUUCACUAUUUCAUCCACCACGGUUACAUUAAAAAUUAGAAAUAGUUAAGUAUUGUAAAACACAACGUGUAGACUGAAUAAGCGUUCCGCGUGUAUAAAUAACUCCCACGAUCAAACUUAUGCGAAGGAUUCAAGUCUGAACUAGGCAUCGAAAGACGUGACAGCUAUCUAGCAGAUGCCGUGGUAUGGACCAAUGAGAUCCAACCUGUUUUCCAUAUCUAAAUUAGGGAAGAGGAGGAAUCCAAUCAGCAAAGCUCAUUUAAAUGUCGCAUAAUCUGACCGUCUCAAAUGCCAGGAAGAAAAAAAACAACUAGAAUAACUUGAAAAGGGACAUUUUUGGCAUUUCCAACCAAAACCUGAUAAAACGACAUCAAAAUUAAAUAGACAAACUAUUGAAGUGGAACUUUAAGGCCCAUGUACACGUUACACAUUCUUUGUCACAACUACAGUGCACUAGUAGGACAGUGACUUUUAGCCUACUUGUAUGAAAGAUAUCGAACACAUGUUCCAACAUCUUCCGAUAAGUUUCUGUGCGUGUCUAAUGUGCAAUUUCAGAUUUGUACAGAAAGUAUAAAUGUGUCAUAUUAUAUUUCAUAGAGAACAACCUGUUUUGAUGACCGGUAGGUUUUUAUUUUGUUUAUUAAGAUAGUGUCUCUUAUGGGGACUAUUUUUCUGUUUUUAAAUGUCAUGGUUACAUACAUCAGGCAACAAAUGUCUUCAGUGUGUUACAGUGGUUACACUAGAAACUAGAAUAUAUGCAGGGUCAGGUUCUUUUUUUAAAUCAUGUUAACAGUAAAUUUGUCAUUGCGUUA